CUUCAUUCUCCAAAAACCGAAGAAUUUGGUGACAGCAAUUCUGUGUCCCUCGUAAACACACUUCGCUAAAUUCAGUCAAGUUGUGAAACUCGUAUUUCCGGAAAAAAUGAAUACUACUUUUUUAUUUUUUGCUGCCAAAGAAUAAGUAUUACAUUUCGUUCUUGUGGAGUGGAUUAAAUUUCUCAAAAACAGACGAAUUAUUUUGCACUUUUUUCAUUUUUGUAUGAAAUUUUGUGACGUCUAGUUUACUUUCAUCAGUUCUGAAAAUGAAAUAGGAUGAUAAAUUGGCCUGUAGUUUAUUGUAGAAAAUUUCCUUCUCAGGUAUUUAGUGCUUGGUGAAACAUGGAUUGCUUCUGUUUUUAAAAAUGUUUCAGUAUUGCCACUCCAGCUGAGUUUCAAAUCCAAAUGAGAUCUUUAUUCGUGCUCUGAUUCAGAAACAAAGAAAAAUCGUCUGCGGCGUUUAAAAAUACUUUUAUAUUCCAUCUGCUAACACGCGACGCGAUGACCACGACUAGAAUAAAGCUUGGUAAUAAUAAAAAAGAAAGACUUCUUUCUACUCGCAGAUGAAAGAGAAAUUGUUCUUUCACGACAAGCACGGUUAUUGUCCGUUUUAUUAAAAACCUUCUCUUGAAGCGACGUACUUGAGGUCUUUAAUUUGCGCUCUUGAAAGUGUGGGCAAUAUGGCGGAAAACUUAUUGCAGAUCGCCUUACAACAGAAAACAUACGAGCUUCGACAGCGCGAUGCUCUUAUCGAGGAGCUCGAAAUGGAAUUGGAGUCAAAAAAUAAACUUAUUGUGAAACUUCAGUCCGAACUAGAGAAGUUCAAGUCGGCCAUGAAGCCGCUGGUGAAACAAAUGUCUCGUCAGAUGUAUCUCUGGAGUUCUGGUGAUGAAGAUUCACCAUAUUCUGAAAGCAGUAGUAGUAGCAGUAGUAGUGAAUCUGAAAAGGAAGAUGAAUUUUGUAAUGGUGACAAGAGAUCGUUGUCAACUGAGCAAACGAGGACCAAGAGGCUUGCAAUUUCGGCGGAACCCACUUGUGCGGAAAGGAUACGUAAUCUUAGCCUCAAGAAAGUUCCAAAGACUCAAAAAUCAAAAGACCUUAUUCAGAAAGCCAUUCUUGACAAUGAUUUCAUGAAGAAUUUAGAAAUGAUACAAAUCAAAGAGAUAACAGAUUGCAUGUGUCCAGUAGAAUAUGCAAAAGAUAGCCUCAUCAUUAAAGAGGGCGAUUAUGGCUCUGUUGUCUAUGUCAUGGAAGAGGGUAAAGUGGAAGUCUCAAAAGAAGGCAAAUUUUUAUGCAAUAUGGGUCCUGGUAAAGUUUUUGGAGAAUUAGCCAUUUUAUACAAUUGUACGCGGACAGCAACAGUCAAAGCUGUCAUGGACUGUAAGUUAUGGGCAAUAGAAAGGCAAUGCUUCCAAACUAUAAUGAUGCGAACAGGUCUUGUCAGACAAGCUGAAUACACAGAUUUCCUCAAAAGUGUUCCAACAUUCAGGAACUUAAAUGAUGAAGUUCUUAUUAAAAUUGCUGAUGUUCUUGAAGAGACAACGUAUAAUGAAGGUGAUUAUAUAAUACGACAAGGUGCUCGGGGAGACACCUUCUUCAUUAUCAGUAAAGGAAAGGUAAGAGUAACUAUGAAAACUGAACCAAAUGAUGAAGAGAAAUUCAUAAGAUAUUUACAAAGAGGAGACUUUUUUGGCGAGAAAGCAUUACAAGGGGAAGAUGUUAGGACAGCAAAUAUCAUUGCAGACGAUCCAGAUGGCGUCAUGUGUUUAGUCAUUGAUCGAGAGUCAUUUAACCAGUUGAUAAGUAAUAUCAAUGAAAUCAAGGAGAAGAACUAUGACGAAACUAUGCCUGUUAAGAGAAGGGUUGACGAAGAAUUUACGAAAUUGAAGCUUACAGAUUUACGUGUAAUAACUACAUUGGGUGUUGGUGGAUUUGGAAGAGUUGAAUUAGUUCAAAUUGCAAAUGAUCCUUCAAGAUCUUUUGCAUUAAAAGUAAUGAAGAAAGCUCAGAUAGUUGAAACUAGACAGCAACAGCAUAUUAUGUCUGAGAAAACGAUAAUGGAAGAAGUUGACUGUGAUUUUAUUGUCAAGUUAUAUCGUACUUUUAAAGACAGGAAAUACUUGUAUAUGCUUAUGGAAAGUUGUUUAGGAGGAGAAUUGUGGACAAUCCUUAGAGAUAGGGGGAAUUUUGAUGACAAUACAACACGAUUUUACACUGCUUGUGUUGUGGAAGCAUUUGCAUAUUUACAUGCAAGAAAUAUAAUAUACAGGGAUUUAAAACCAGAAAAUAUGAUUCUAGAUACACAAGGAUAUGUAAAAUUAGUGGAUUUUGGUUUUGCAAAAAAAUUACAACAUGGUCGUAAAACAUGGACAUUCUGUGGAACUCCUGAAUAUGUAGCUCCUGAAAUUAUUUUAAAUAGAGGGCAUGACAUUUCAGCUGAUUACUGGUCUUUAGGUGUUCUAAUGUUUGAACUGCUUACUGGAACGCCACCAUUCACAGGACCUGAUCCAAUGAAAACAUAUAAUAUCAUUUUAAAAGGCAUUGAUGCCAUUGAAUUUCCUAGAAUAAUUUCAAGAAAUGCAAUGGCACUCAUCAAGAAAUUAUGCAGAGAUAACCCUGCUGAAAGAAUAGGCUAUCAAAAAGGUGGCAUCCAAGAUAUCCAAAAGCAUAAGUGGUUUGAUGGAUUUUAUUACGAGGGACUUAGAAAUCGCACAUUAGUGCCACCUAUUAUUCCUCAAGUACGAAGUCCUGUUGAUUACUCCAAUUUUGAUAGAUAUCCUCCAGAUUGUGAUCCUCUUCCUCCUGAUGAUUUGUCUGGCUGGGAUGGAGAUUUUUAAGAACUUCAGUUUUAGAAAUUUAUAAUUAUUUCAGUUUAUCAAAUUAACUUAUAGGUCAAAUCAAGGUGCCAUAAUGGCAUAUCUCUAGUACAAGCUUCACAUCAAAUAUGUGUAUUUCAUAUUGUGCAAUAAUCAGUCAUAUGCCACAAAUCUGUAAAACAUGAAGAUUUGAGUUUAUUUCAUUUUCAUGGAAAUUAUUAAUAUUUGUUAUAUUGUGUGACACUUCGAGAGCAGUCUAUUGUUAUCUUUUACUAAUCACAAGAAAUUUUGUAUUUUAAAAAAAUGUUUUAUUUAAUGUUAUUGAAAGUAAAAUUAGAUUUGUGUGUGACAAUAAAUUUAAUUCACUUGCAGUUUCUCAACAUGGUUUUGAAAAUUUGUAAUGGAACACCAUGGUGUAGUAAUUUAUGCUGGAGUAAAUUUUAUAAAAUAAUUAUUGUACAAAUUAUGAUAUAAUAUAAUUUGUUGCUUGACAAAAAAUAUUUUGUUGAUCAGAAAAUAUUAUAAUCUUUGUUUAGGGAUUGUAUAAACAUUAGCUGUGAAUACAGGGCCAGUGCAAGAGCCAGGCGCACCUGCAUAUGGUGGCAACUACUAGGGAGGGAAAAUUUUUAGAAUUUUGGGAGGAUUGAGUGGUAGAAUUUAGAUUCACUUGUACCAUGCUGGGCAGCAAAAAUCCCAGCUCUGGCCUUGUGUGCACAUCCAAAUUAAAGUCUUUGCAAUGAUUUUUAAAGAAUUUAUUAAUGCAUUAUUAAUGCUCUAUUGCUUGACUUUAACAUGGCAUAACGUCAUUUUUUCUCUGUUCUCCCAAAUUUAGCUAAAAUUAAAUCCACCACCACCAAAUUUAUCUGUAAACAUUCUUGAGAAAGCACAAAUUUUUAAUUUUCUUAGUAGAACUACUCACUGAAAUAGAACUAAAAUUUAUUAUUAUUUCAAACAGUUAAAAUUGCUUUCUUUUUAAAAUGCAACUCAUAAUUAUGCUCAGGAACAAUUUUAAUUAUGUUUAGCAAGUGGCAUAAUUUUUAUUUAUCUUGUAAUUUUUCUUUAACAUUAUUAAGAGGAUUGUAUUUAGAGUUUUAUAAUACAUAUCAAUAAAUGAAAAGUAAGGAGGUACUGUUGUGAGUAAUUGUUAAUAAAAUAUCCGUCCUUCCUAUUGAAAAGGUAUAUAUCACUUUUGUUCAUGUUUAAAUUGCCUCUUAAGUACUUAAAUUAUUGUAAAUAAUUUAUUUCUUACAUAUAGAAAGUAUAUAAGUGGUAGGAGGUAUGUUUAAAGUAGAGUUAAAAAAGUGGUAUAAAUUUGUUCUAGUUAUAUUUGUUGCACUAAUGUAUAAUAUAUUAAGCGUAUUUCAAAAUGUGGUAUCCUUAACUGUUUUUCUUUAAAUAAUUUAUAAAUAUGAACUCGUAGAAUAAAACUCAAAUAUUAAAUUUCUUCGUAAUUUUUUCCCAAGCUGUGUUACUUUAAAUUAUAAAAAGGUUUGAAAUUCCGAACACAUCUUUUUUCUCCACAGCUUAGUUUAAAAAUAAAUGUAUGGAAUGUAUUAAAAUUUGAUUAUUAUACAUAAUAUAAUUUUUAUUAUCUAUUGAACCUUAUUUUGCUAAGAAAAUCAGUUAUUCAUUUGAUUUAAAAUACUUUUUCAUUUUAAUCUUCUGGUUGUUAAACAAUGUAUUAUUUUCUUAACCAAAUAAUUUUUUAACAUAUAAAUUUCAAAAACUGCAACAAGUGAAACGACACUACAGCAUUUGAUGUGUAGUUUUAAACAAAUCUAUUCUGGAAAUCUUGUUUGGCUAUGAAUAGUAUGUAGACAAACCUAAUAUAAUAAAACAUGAGAAUUAAGUGUAAUGCCAUGUUUUCCUUAAGCAAUAUAAAAAUCAUUACAUCUCAUGAAAAAGUACUUUUUUAAACUUCUGGCGAUGUCAUUGUAUUUUUCUGAAUUAUAUAAAGUAAAUAAAAUUAUAUGUAAAAGCUUUAUUGAUUGUUUAUCAAAUUGUGUUGGUUUUUCAAAUAUUAUAUAUUUGUUGUUCAUUUUAUAAUUUAAAAGAAAUCUUCUUAUUUGCUGUAUAGAGAUUGCAUAACAUUUAAAUAAAUAUAUUUCAAUAUUAAAUACGAUUUAUUACACAAUUCUUUUUAAGGAUCAUGAUUCCUUCUAAAGCUUAAGAGUUUUAGCUUUCUGAAUCAUCCCUAAUAUAUUUUCUAAAUAAUAAAAAAUUAACCAUAGUUAUGCAGCUACAUUUUUAACUUCUUUAUGCAUAAACAUGACUACAUUAAAGACUAUUUUGCAGUAAUAGUGUCGUAUUUAUUUCUUAUUUUGAAAAUUUUUUAAUGUAAAUGUCAGUCUAUAAACUUGAUUUGUUGUGUUGUAAAAUUUAAUUUAGCUGGAAGGAAAAAAGUCUUAUAAAACUAGCUGGAAAUAUAGUUGAAUGGAAUGUGCCUUGUGUAUUUAAUAAUAUUUAUGUUUAAUUUCUAAAAUUCAUAUCCUCUGAUGACAAAAUAGUUAAAAUUAAAUUAACUGAAUACUUAUUGUAUAUCUGUUUGAAUAAUGUAUUUAACCUUUGACUACUAUUUGUAAAUUUUGCUCAAAAUGAAACAGCACAGUUAGUGCUUGUAUAUAAUGUAUAAUCAAUGUGUUGUAAUUUUGUCUUACCUGAAAGAUCUUAAAUCUAGAACUUUUAUGUGAAAAAUAAAGCUUUUAUUGAAAUGGA